CAGCAAAUCAAUCAGUUGCACCUUCACCCGCCGAUCUCUUCGAUAACUGUCAAACGAAAAAUUCGUAAGUAGAAAGAGAACGACAUCAUGUAUCUCGUACCGUUGCUGUUCACGAGUCUUCUUUUGGGACUAAAUGCUCCCAUCAAUGCGGUGGAUGUCUUCGCGGGACAAGCGGGAAUUGGACAGGCUGCCGCACGACAGGCUGGCGUUGGCAAAGCUGCCGCAGGAUUUGCGGGACAAGCUAGUGCUGGACAAGCUGCUGCCACUGCACAAGCUGCUCCUGCACAAGCUGCUGCUGCUGCACAGGCCGCUGCUAAACAACCUGCUGUUGCACAGGCUGCUGCUGGACAUGGUGCCGCAGGACUAGCUGCCGCUGGACUUGCCGAUGCAGGAUUUGCUGCUGCGGGACAAGCUACCGCUGGACAAGCUGCUGCCACUGCACAAGCUGCUCCUGCACAAGCUGCUGCUGCUGCACAGGCCGCUGCUAAACAAGCUGCUGUUGCACAGGCUGCCGCUGGAGUGGCUAGUGCAGGAGUGUCUGCCGCUGGACAUGGCGCCGCAGGACUAGCUGCCGCCGGACUGGCCGAUGCAGGAUUUGCUGCUGCAGGACAGGCUGACGCAGGACUAUCUGGCAUUGGAUUUGGUGCUGCUGCUGGACAGGCUGGUAUGGGAUUUGGUGCUGCUGGACAGGUUGACGCAGGACUAUCUGGCAUUGGAUUUGGUGCUGCUGCUGGACAGGCUGGUAAGGGAUUUGGUGCUGCUGGACAGGUUGACGCAGGACUAUCUGGCAUUGGAUUUGGUGCUGCUGGACAGGUUGACGCAGGACUAUCUGGCAUUGGAUUUCGUGCUGCUGCUGGACAGGCUGGUACGGGAUUUGGUGCUGCUGGACAGGUUGACGCAGGACUAUCUGGCAUUGGAUUUCGUGCUGGUGGACAGGUUGACACAGGACUAUCUGGCAUUAGAUUUCGUGCUGCUCGACAGGCUGGCGCUAUGCAAGCUGCUGCAGGACAGGCUGGUAUGGGAUUUGGUGCUGCUGGACAGGCUGCCGCAGGCCUGGCUGCCGCUAAUUAAGCUACUGCUGGACAGACUGUUGCAGGACAGGCUUGCGCGUUUUAUGACUAAUAGCUUAUUAGAGAAACAAAUAGAGGACA